AGUUUCGGGCUCAGAAGACCCCAAUUUUGUGAAUCACCACGGGCCUUUUCCCUCUGAAACAUGGCGGGCUAUCCCAAGGGCGCUCAACCGCAGGACUUCAUUAAGGGAUGGCCGCACCCUGAACUCCUCAGCCGAGCUGAGUUGAGAGCAGCCUUGACCGAGAGCUUUCACAAAGGACUGGAAAUGUCUGAGGAAACCCUGAACUACGGCGACAAGGCGAACGGCGCUUACAUGCUGGGCCAUCCACGCUUUCUCCAGGGCUUAGCGAAGUUCCUGGAGCAGCAAUAUCAAGCGCCCACGGAUCCCAAGACCUUGAUGAGCACCAUCGGCGCAUCCAUGGGUACCGAUUUGUGCUUCCGUAUUUAUGGGAAGGUGCCGAACCGACUGACACGGAAGGACCCACCAAAGUCCGGCUCCGCUUCCACCCCUCGAGUCGACACCCGGAGCCGCCAACCACGCCAGCCUGGGGACAUUUGCGUCUUCGAGGAACCCACCUAUUUCUUGGCCUUUACCAUGGCACGGAACUCCUUCCUGGAGCUGAAGGGCGUGCCAAUCAUGGAGGAUGGCAUGGAUUUGGAUGCGCUGGACAAGGUUUGCACUGAAAGCGAAGGCAAGGUGAAGUUUGUCUACACCGUGCCUAUCCAUCACAAUCCCACAGGCUAUUCGAUGUCCAAUGAGAAGCGAGUGAGGCUGAUGCAGCUCGCGAAGAAGCACAAGUUCCUUGUGAUCGCAGAUGAGGCCUACCAGCUCUUGAACUUUGGGAAGACCGAUAUGAAGCCACUCUUUUACCAUGACGACAAGGAAGACCCGCGGGUCUUUUCCAUUGGCACCUUCUCCAAGCUCAUUGGCCCUGGUACUAAGGUUGGCUGGGUUCAGGCUCACACGUCCUUGUUGAAGCCUUUGACCGACAUCGGCUUUAUCGACAGUGGUAACAAUCCUGUGAUCUUCUCCUCCAUGAACUUGCUUCAUUUCGUUGAAUCCGGCGCGCUGGCCAAGCACAUCGAUGCCGUCUCCAAAGACCUCGGCGAGAGGUGUCAAUUGAUCUGCAGAAAGCUCCGAGAGGUUGGACUGGAGGUCUAUGAGCCCAAAGGUGGCUACUUCGUGUGGGUCAAAUCCAAAGGCAAGAAGACGGGCAAGAGUGGGGAAGCCACGGCAAUUAAGAAGGACAAGUUCCAUGACUACAUGCGAUUAUGUUUCUGUUGGCUUACCAGGGAACAGAUUGAGGAGGGCAUCGAGUACCUCCGCCCGUGAUGCUGGCGUCGAGUUUUCCGUUCUGGUGCCUAUGCGCUGGGACCAAUCGCCCAGGUUCGUGAAGCCUUGCUCGAGACUGCAGCUUCGCGCGUGUAG